CUGGAGCAGCGCUGCUGGGGAGGACAGAGCGCCCAGCUCUCCACCACGGCCAUGGUGGAGGAGCACGGGCUGGAGGAGGAGGACAACGAGGACUAGGAAGAGGGAGACCGCCAGAGGUACUUAACCUGGCUAUUGUGGAUGCCAUCUUCAUCACCUUGGUGGGUGCUGCAUCUGGAAGGCCAAGUUUGGCGACACACUGCUUGGAGCGCUGGCUGCAGCAGCGCUGCUGGGGAGGACAGAGUGCCCAGCUCUCCAUGAUGGCUAUGGUGGAGGAGUACGGACUGGAGGAGGAGGAAGACAAGGACUAGGAAGAGGGAGAGCGCCAGAGGUACUUAACCUGGCUAUGGUGGAUCCCAUCUUCAUCACCUUGGUGGGGGCUGCAUCUGAAAGGCCCCAGUUGGGGUAGAGCUACACCAAGAAGCUUUGAGGCAGAGUCAGGCAUGGCGGCCUGAGCUAGAGCAGCCAUAGCUGCUUUGUGUUGCCCUUUGCACAGCAGAGCAAGGCCCUGGUAGUCCGCCAUUGCCUCGGCCUUCAGGAAGAGGAAGGAGAAGGGUGUCCAUGGCUAUGGUGGACCUCAUGUUGUACCUGCAGUAGAAGAGGGAUUCAGACAUUGAUUCUGGUUCAGCCGUUCAACAUUAUUAUUAUUAUUGUUGUGAAUAAAGGGGGGAGGAGAAAAGGAGGAGGAGAGCAAUUGGCGAGAAGAAGGGGAUUAUCAUUGGUCGUUGCUGGUGUACAUCUUCUUCUUCUUUCUUCUUCUUCUUCUUCUUUCCCUCUCUCUCCUCUCAAGUUCAUUCAUUUCUUUUUGCAAUUGGACAGCAUUGUGCUUUCUCAUGACUGUGUACUUCGAAAUUGGCCAGGAUCAUAACAGAUUAAUCAAUCCACAACUUGGUAUUAUCUGAAAUUGGACAACCUCAGAUGAGAUCGGAUAAGAUGGGUGGGAUUGAUUGAGAGCUUAAUUGACCAAAUGAUAAGUUGAUCGAUCAAUUGAUUAUCCAACUAUGAACAUCAAGUAGUUUGAUUGUCACUGAGUCAUUUCUGCCACGCUGAAACUUGUAUGCUGCAUUUGUGACAUGAUUUGCAGAAGUUUGGGGGGAUCAGGAGCAUAACCUGCAGUCGCCAGUCAGGUCUGAAUAUGAGACACACACUGGUCCUGUCCGCGGAGUUUCAUGCUCACCAUAUCAGCAAAAUGUGUUCUUAUCCUGUGGAGUGGACGGCUCCAUCAGACUGUACAAUGCUUUGCAGAUCAAGCCUGUGAUUCAUCUUGAACCGUCUGAUCAAUAUAUGUUUGCAGUGCAAUGGGCUCCAUUUCGACCGCUUCUGUUUGCCGCUGCUGGCGGGGAUGGUCAUGUCUUUCUCUAUGACCUCCAUAAAAACGCGAUGCUCCCAACAAAAGUGAUCGAUGUACGCGGAAAAGAGGACCCUGUCUAUGCCAUGUCAUUCAAUCACAAGCUACAUGAGGUCUUUGCUGCUUCUGAUGGAGAUUCGAUCAAGUCGGCAGGAUUAAUCGGAUUGUUCCAGUCUCGGUGGGUCGAGCUCGACCAGCUCAGCGUCCUGAUGCAUGGAAUUGCAGACAAGGAGAUCUGUGAUGUCGACAAUGUAGAGUUCGGCAUCAGGCUGACAAAGAAUGUGGUGGAACUGAGUAGGUGUCAAGAUGGCGACGUUGACAGGAGAGGGGGGUGUAGAGUCCGAUUUGCCCAACAACGGAAUGCGAUAUUGCUUCCCAUCCUUAGCGUCGAGGACGAGAUCGUUGUGGAUCCAAUCGGGGUCAGAAUGGGCGAACUGAUGUGAGUAGGAGGUGUCGAGAACAAGGUCGUAUAGGGUUUCCAUGACGUCGAAAGUCCACUGGUCAUGGAACCGAGGGGCCUUGCGAAGGCUCUGUGGCAUCCGCAAGGGAAAGGAGAAUGGGAGAUCAGGCACCACACAGUCGACGAAGGAUUUGGCAUGAUUGUCGCCAAGCGUGACAGUGACAGUGGAAGGGUAGGCGGAUGUAUAGAGAGAUGCCUCCUUAACUACGCGAGGAUGAAUGAAAUCGCCAGUGGAGC